GUACUAAUAACACUAAUUCUUUGCAAUAGAUCCAAACGUACUUAAUAAUAAAUAUUCAAGCCUAAUAAAUAAAUAAAAUUUAAUAACCAAAAUCUGAAUAAUUAGCAUCAAUUAAUACUUUCAGUGCAAGCAAAUGAGUACAUUAAUCAGAAAUGAUUUAAGUUAAAAUUCAAGUAAAGAAGCAAACUAGAAUUAAGUAAUGUAGUUACUAUAUGACAACAACAACAAAAAAAAGAAUAAAUAAAAAAUGUUACUUAUUUAUUUAGUAAAAUGUCAAAUAGUAGGAGUAGUACUUAAGAAAGGGGGAUAAAAUAGCAUAAAAUUCUCAAUUGACGAAACAGAUAAAAAAAAAAUUGUUCAUUCGUCGGCAGACGCAACAAGGUUCAUUAAGAGCCACAGAUCCGAUCGUAUUUUCUCUUCCGCCCUCUCUUCAAUAAUCUCUUCACUGCGAAUAGGAUUGUGAAGUUGAGUUUCUAUGGAGGGUGUUGGAGGUGACGGUGCCUCAGCGGCUGCAGCAUUGAACCAGCAGAGGCUUGAACUUUCAAAACUUUUCCAAUACUAUUUAGAUAAAACUACUCCUCAUGCUACAUACAGGUGGAUUGGAACUUUUGUCUUCGCAUUGCUUUAUGCUCUACGGGUUUAUUCUGUUCAAGGAUUCUAUGUUGUUACCUAUGGUUUGGGCAUCUAUGUUCUCAAUUUGCUGAUCGGCUUCCUGUCACCUCUUGUUGACCCUGAGCUGGAACCUUCAGAUGGACCUAUGUUGCCAACUAAAGGAUCAGAUGAAUUCAAACCUUUCAUACGUCGCCUCCCGGAGUUCAAGUUCUGGUAUGCCAUAACAAAGGCUUUCUGUGUGGCAUUUGUCAUGACUUUCUUCUCCCUAUUUGAUGUUCCUGUUUUCUGGCCUAUAUUGUUGUGCUACUGGAUUGUUCUUUUUGUUCUUACCAUGAGACGACAAAUUACGCACAUGAUUAAAUACAAAUACGUUCCUUUCAACCUUGGAAAGCAGAAAUAUUCCGGGAAAAGGCCAUCAACAAGCAGCCCAAGGGCCGACUGAACUUCGCCCAGAUUUGGACCAAACAGAGGGGAAGCAGGAGAAAGUGGAUAAGGAAGAAAAAGAAAACAGGAUGGAUUGCUGCAUAUUUUAGUUAAUGUGAUUUGUACUUACAUUAAACUCUGACACGAAAACGGAGAAACAAAUGUAGUAGUUGGUUAGCGUUCUUUAAUUGUUUUCUUUUCCAGUUUUUUGAUCA